AUGCCCCAAGUCUACUUCAAUUCUUCCAAGUUUAAAAAAUUCAUUCCCGAUUGGAUCGUUGUUAUCCUUUUAGUUAUAAUUUUUUUCCAAGUAACGGAAGUAGCUCAACCAUUCUCACGUCAAUUUUAUAUCAAUGACCCAACAAUCUCUCAUCCGUUUGCAACUCAAGAACAAGUAACCGAUAACCAAUUGUAUUUGUAUUCAGUGUUAAUCCCGACUCUUAUAAUAUGUUUGAUUUCAUUAUACCUAGGAGAAUCCAAUUUUGAAAAAUUACAUAUUUUACAAGUAUCCUGUUUAGGACUAUGGUUAAGUGUUUGUGUCACUUCAGUAUUGACAGACGUGUUAAAAUGUUGGAUAAGUAAUCCUCGACCAGAUUUUUUAGAACGAUGUGGGCCACAGAAGGGAACUCCAGAAAAUAAAUUGGUGGGAAUUGAAGUUUGUACUUCACCAUUGGGUCCAAUGUAUCUAUCGGAUGGAUUAAAAUCAACUCCUUCAGGACAUUCUUCAAUGGCAUUUGCAGGAUUAUUAUAUUUGUCAUUAUGGUUGGUGGGACAAUUUAAAUUGAUUCAAAGACGUAAACUGGUCGGUUACAUUGUAAUAGCAGGAUUACCCAUUUUAGUGGCAGCUUAUAUUGCAUUGAGUAGAACUCAAGAUUAUCGUCAUCAUUUUUUCGAUGUUGGUUUCGGUAGUGCCAUUGGCAUUGUGUUUGCUAUCAUAUUUUAUUACAAAUAUUUCAAUUCGUUGAGUGAUGAGGGCUGUAACGUGCCGAUAGAUUAUAAGGAUUAG